UUUGUCAGCUUCCCAUAAUGUUGCCUGUCUUGAUUUUCUUCUUUGUGUGCUCUGAUGAUUUCGUUUUGUCUUCCACUCACACUUAUGAUCAUUGUCUAUGAUGCCAAUAGACACAUGACUGUAAUCUGAGAUAUGUGUUUACUGCUUGUGGAGUGAUAGAUAUAUUCUUCUGAAUUCUGGCCUUCUCAUUGUUCUCAGCGAUCGCUAAUUGUGACGAAAAAUUAUAUACUGUUAUUUCUGAGCAAAUGCCCUAUUCCCAAUGAUAACAUCGUCAAGCUCUUGGUUCUCCUAUUCCUUUGAGUUUUCUAUGCAAUUAUGUGCACUGGUGUUUUCUCAAGUCAAUUGGAGUCCCUGGUCUGCUGGCUAGACUUCAAAGUUUUACUGUAUGAGACCAAGGGAAUCAGCUUUCCAUCUUUAUUUGGGUCCCAUUUCAAAAUCAAGGCUGGCUUCAAUAAGUUGCGUUUAUGCCAAGCAUGCUGAAAAAACAAAGCAUUUAUGCACAGGAUUUUGCCUUGUCUUCGGUACAGGUCAGUGAGCUUGGUAGCAACACAAUCAAAUUAAGGUGCGGAUUUUUGCCUUCUGCAUCUGCAGCUACGAGGCCUUCACAGGUGAUCUACAAACGUUGGAUGAUAAGGUUCAGUAAAAAGUGUGGAUCCAGAUCGGAUCAUUCUGAAGAAAAUUGUUUUGACUGGGUAUCCAGAGUCUCAAAACUGAAAGCAAUCGUGCGGUACAUGUUCCACAAUUCUGACGAUGUAAAAUGGUUCAAGCCUGUUGAGUUGUGGACAAAACAUGGACGUCAGGGCCGCAUCAAGGAGACAGUACUCAUGAUGGCUGUAACCAUUGGUGAUGCAUCCACCUCAAGGACCAACACAGCUUCCAGUGCACUUCCAACUAAUCUUCCCUAAUAUCAGUCCAUUCAGUUCUAUACCUACCUUGUAUAAUUAUCAAACUAUUAGACUUUAUAAUCACCAGUAUGGUAUCUAAUGUAAUGUAAAUAUUUGUAGCCACCUCCAUGUACAGACCAUACUAUCUAUAUGACUAUGCUUUCUGCGUUAUGAUUUCAUCUGACCAUCCACUUUA